AAUAACACAUCCGCGUGCCCAGAGCUGCCCGUCAUGAAGGAGCUGAAGAGCAAGGCGUUCUGGAGGGCCGUGGCCGAGCUGGUGGGCAUGACCCUCUUCAUCUUCCUCAGCAUUACAGCUGCCGUCGGAAACGCCAACAAUGACAAGCCAGAUCAGGAGGUCAAGGUGGCUCUGGCGUUUGGUUUGUCCAUUGCCACUCUCGCCCAAAGCCUGGGUCACAUCAGCGGAGCCCAUCUGAACCCGGCUGUGACUCUGGGCUUGCUGGCCAGCUGCCAGAUCAGCCUGCUGAAGGCUGUGAUGUAUAUCGUGGCCCAGAUGUUCGGCGCGGCGCUGGCGAGCGGCAUCGUGUCUGGCGUCACCAAAGGAGAAGCCCUGGGGCUAAAUACGAUCCAUAGCGAUAUUUCUCCCGGUCAAGGUGUUGGUAUUGAACUCUUUGCUACCUUCCAGCUAGUGUUGUGUGUCAUAGCAACCACGGACAAAAGAAGGCAGGACGUGUCAGGCUCCGCCCCUCUGGCGAUCGGCCUCAGCGUCUGCCUGGGUCAUUUGACAGCCAUCAGUUUCACGGGAUGCGGGAUCAAUCCGGCUCGAUCUUUCGGCCCUGCAGUGAUUCUCAGAGAUUUUACCAACCACUGGGUGUAUUGGGUGGGCCCUAUGUGCGGAGGUGUGGCAGCUGCGCUGGUCUAUGACUUCCUUCUCUACCCUAAACUGGACGACUUCCCUGACCGCGUGAGGGUGCUGGUGUCCGGCCCGGCCACAGACUACGACGUCAACGGUACUGACGAUCCCCCUGCUGUCGAGAUGUCAUCAAAGUGAUAUGAUAGUGUAUGAUAUUCUUCAAGAGCACAAAACAUCUGUAAAUAUACCGCUUUUUCCCCACAGAGAAAUAGCGUUCAUUUUAAUUGACUAUAUGACAGCGUGGAAUUGCAAAUGCAAAACCGUCCUCGUAGUUGUUCAGAGAGACAGCUGGCGUUUUGUAUUAUUGUUUGUACUCUUAUUUAGUGAAUCAGUAUGUACCUCAGGAAAUUUAUACAGUUUUCACUAUUUUUUUUCUUAAACACUUUGUGUUUUUGUGAAUGUUUUUUUCACUUUGUAUUGUGUAACGUGUACACUAUGAUAUUGUGUUUUUUGUAAUUAAACUUCAUAAUGUUUAAUCCUAAAGUGUUUUAUAUGAAUUACAAAAAUAAAUUCCAAGACAAAAUGAUGAUUUAAAUAUCAGCUGACUUUUUAAGUUGCUCAUAUAUAACUGUUAAGAUAUUAAUCAAAUGCAUUUUGUUUUAAUCAGUAAUGGAGGAGUUACUUUAGAAGGUAUAUCCAUGACAUUUUUAAAAAGCCUACUUUCUUUGAAAUAUGUGGAUGAUUGCUUCUGUAAUAUACUGAAGGCAUGUCGAAA